AUGACGGUGCUACAUCUUGUUGUACACACUACUCCUUACAACGAAGAACCUAUCUUCCACACCGCUCCAAGUGAAUGUGUUGUAAUGGAUGAGAGAAUUGAUGAGUUUCAAGAUCAAUUCUCAGAAAUGCGAAAGGAAAUCAAAGCCCUCAGAGGAAAAGACUUAUUUGUCAAGAAUGCUUCUGAUCUUUGCUUAGUUCCCAAUGUUAAGAUUUCGCACAAGUUCAAGGUGUCGGACUUUGAGAAGUACAAAGGCAACUCUUGCCCUCAAAGUCAUCUGACUCGAUCUCCACCCGCUGUCCCAAAAGAAAUACCCUAUUGGUACAAAGUUGUUCAAUUGUAUGCGUACCGUCAAGGAUCACCUGGUCACAGUAUAGAGAAUUGUUAUGUCUUAAAAUCUGAUGUUCAAAGGAUGAUUAAAGGUGGCAUUUUGUCCUUCAAAGAUGUUAAUCCGAGUGUGCAAGCUAAUCCCUUACCUCAGCAUGAGGGAGAUUUAGUAAAAAUGGUGCAUGGUUGUCCAGGAAAAUUUGAAGUCUUCAAGGUUAGGUUUACCAGAGGAUCCUUAGUCAGAAUGCAUGCUAGUUUGACAAGGCUUGCCUUCGUUGAUCAUGAACACAAUUACACUGCUUCUAGAAUUUGCUCCAUAAAUCUGCGUGCAUGUCCUCUUGUACGCCAAGAUAUUCAGAAGUUUUUAGAUCAAAGGACUAUCACGAUCACCUAUGAUAGGAACCAUGAUGAUAAUGAAGUUAAUGUUAUAGUACCUCAGUUCAAUGUUCCCAAGCCUGUGGAGAUCAUUUAUGACAACCGAAAUACUUAUGCUUCUCCUUUGGUUAUCAAUUUUCCUGGUCCAGUUCCUUAUAAAUCUGAGAAGGCUAUACCAUACAAAGUCAGAAGAAGUGGGCGUGUGUUUGCCUCUACAUGUCCCAGAAGAACCGAAGAUGUCGAUGUAGAGAAAACUCAGGUUGAGAUUCCAAUUGAGCGGGUUAGUCAGUCUAGUGGUACAAAUCAUAAGAUGGAUAAUGAAGUGCUGAAAUCUAUAAAGAAAAACGAGUAUAACAUGGUGGAGAAACUGUUGCACACACCAUCAAAGAUAUUCAUGCUUUCCUUGUUAAUGAGCCUUGAGGCUCAUCGAGAAGCUUUGCAAAAGCUCCCUAAAAAGGGUAGAAAUCACAAUAUGGUGCUACAUAUUUCAACGAACUAUGUGAGUGACGCUCUUUCGAGUGUGCUGGUAGAUAUUGGAUUGUCACUGAAUGUGAUGCCUAAAUCAACAUUUUCCAGAUUAUAUUUUCAAGGCGCUCCAAUGAGAGGUAAUGGGAUUAUUGUGAAUGCUUUCGAUGGUUCCCGCAAAACUGUUAUUGGAGAGGUAGACUUUCAUAUGACUAUUGGUCCUCACACUUUUCAGAUCACAUUCCAGGUUAUGGACAUUGAAGUAGCACACGAUUUUUUAUUAGGUCGCCCGUGGAUCCAUGAGGCAGGGGAAAUCACCUCUACUCUUCAUCAGAAGCUCAAAUUUGUAAAGAAUGGGAAAUUAAUGAUGGUAUAUGGAGAACAUGAUUUGAUUGUGAGCCACCUUUCAUCAUUCUCUUAUGUUGAACCUGAAGAUGCUAUUGGAACCCAGUUUCAAGCCUUGUUUAUUAUUGAUCAAGAUAUUGAGAGAAGUAGGGCAUCCAUUUGUUCUCUCAAGGAUACGUAG